UUUCCAUAAUUGAAGUUUUUGAGAUAUCAAAAUCUGAACUCUGUGGUACCAAUGGCGGAACAAGUGGAGACCAACAACACCUUCAUCGCCAUUAAACAUCUCAUCAAUGGCUUCCCACUGCAAACACACUUCCAACUCAACUCCCAACCUCUGAAUCUGUGUGUGAAGCCUGCUUCUGGUGACAUCCUCCUCAAAAAUCUGUGUGUCUCCAUUGACCCAUAUCAGAUCAACCGUAUGAACAUCCACUCCUCUUCCCACAACGUUUCAUCUGCUACACCUUCUAUCGUUCCCGGACAGGCGAUUAGUGCAUAUGGUGUAGCAGAAGUAGUGGCUUCGGGCGACCCUGGAUUUGAAAAGGGGGACUUGGUUUUUGGGAUCAUACAUUGGGCACAAUACAGCCUCGUAAAAGCUGGAGAAAGCACUCUAAGAAAGUUGGAUACUUUGGGAUUUCCAUUCACAUACCAUCUCGGAGUUUUAGGGUUGAGUGGGCUCACAGCGUACGUGGGAUUGUUUGAAGUAGCGAAGAUUAAGGAAGGAGAGAAAGUGUUUGUGUCUGCAGCUUCUGGGUCUGUUGGGAAUUUAGUUGGACAGUUUGCAAAGCUCCACGGUUGCCACGUUGUCGGCUCUGCUGGUUCGGAUCACAAGGUGACAUUUCUGAAAGAGAAGCUCGGAUUUGACGAAGCGUUCAACUACAAGCAAGAAAAGGACUUGAAAUCCACCUUAGCCAAGUAUUUUCCGGAGGGGAUUGAUGUUUAUUUCGACGUGGGCGGCGAGAUGCUAGCCGCCGCCGUGGCGAACAUGAACCCGUUCGGCAGAGUGGCGGCGUGCGGCGUUAUUUCAGAGUACACAAAAUCAAAAACCGGACCACCGGCCGGCCCAGGCCCAAACAUGGUGGACAUUGUGUAUAAAAGGAUCGCAAUCCAAGGCUUUUUAGUCAUCGAUUAUUUUAAUGUUUUUCCAGAUUUCAUAUCCAAAACCGCCGGCUACCUCCGCUCCGGCGAGAUUCAGGCGGCGGAAGAUGUAUCGGUGGGUGUCCACAGCAUUCCCUCUGCUUUCGUCGGCCUCUUCCAUGGCCAUAACCUUGGGAAGAAGAUAGUCAAGCUUGCUUAA